AUGUAUCUCAUUGACGUCGAGACGCUGCAGACUGAAGAGUUCUUUGGCAAAAUCCCUCAGUAUGCCAUACUCUCUCAUACAUGGCACGGCACGGAUGAAGUCACCUUCAGGGAAUGGGAACAGCGGGACUCAGCUGCGAUCCAGUCAAAGUCGGGUUACACCAAAAUCCUCAACGCCUGCCAUCAGACACAGAAAGAGGGUCUGAGGUACCUGUGGGUUGACACGAAUUGCAUCAACAAGGAGAGUUCCGCAGAGCUCUCUGAGGCAAUCAACUCCAUGUUCGCCUGGUAUCGAGACGCCCAAGUUUGCUUUGCGUUUCUACACGAUGUUCAAUUCGGCCCACCAUUUUACUACACCUCCUCUGACCUAUCAGAUGAGAGAACAGGAUUAGAGAUUGAUGACGAAACGGGCUUCAUUUACAGUCGCUGGUUCACCCGUGGUUGGACUCUCCAAGAGCUCCUUGGCCCGACUCGACUUAUAUUCUUCGACUGCAACUGGAAGUCACUAGGCACCCGCAGUUGGUUGUCCCGACGUAUCUCAACUGCGACAAACAUAGACGAAUUCUAUCUUGCAGACGCCUUUGUCGGAGAUCCUUCCUCCAGAUCGGUGGUGAUAGAAAAGCCCAGUAUAUCGGAAAAGAUGUCAUGGCUAUCCACAAGAAAAACAACGAGAGUCGAGGACUUGGCCUACUGCAUGUUGGGUAUUUUCGACUUGAACAUGCCUCUUUUAUACGGCGAGGGCAUGAAAGCUUUUGCUCGGUUACAAGAAGAGAUCAUCAAAGGUUCUAAUGACCAGACAAUAUUUUGUUGGCCUUGGGAUAAAAACAUUGUUCCGUUAAACUGGGGCAGCUUGCUUGCGCCUGAGCCAUCACUCUUUAUGGACGGGCGUCUUUAUGGAUCAACAUCGACCGUUCAUUGGUCGCCAUGGUCAAAGACAACAUCGUACGUUAUGACGAACGCCGGUUUACGCAUCAGAUUUCCUACGCUGAGGCUGGGUGGCGGAAUAGAGCUGGCCAUUCUCACUGCUCACCACAAUAAACACUUCCUACAGAGUCGAGUUUGUAUCACUUUGAAGACAAUCCUUCCGCAUGGAGAGGCAACCAAAAGCGUCGUGGAUGAUUCCGCCACAAUAGCGCAGAGAUUUCCGAUACCACCGGACCUAGUCGUCCUCAACGAACUAGACGCAUUGUCUAUUUCGGCCUCCGCGCUCAAGGAAAUUUGCAUUCGCCCGUUACCCAAUCUCAAUGUAGACUUAGACGCGGCUCUGCGAGGCUGGGAGCUGGGGAUAUCUCGGUCGAGGGUGAGCGCGUCGGCAAUUUUACUCAUCUUUGACGAUGCUGUUGGUUGUGACUUGUUUGGAGCUUUCCCGAUUGGAGGCACAUCGCAGCUACGGCUCGAGCCACUCUCCAGGAACUUGUUUCCUGUGGCACCCUCUGAUACAUCGUCUACCAGUGCCACAGAGUUUUACUUCAUCCAAGCUAGCGGAGCACAUCUAGCCAGCCUGGUUGUGGGAAUUCACAGACGAAGCGAAAAUACAUAUUUCCCUGGCAUUCUGGACGUGCCUGACUGGUUUUGUUAUUUCAAGGAGCAUGAGAGACAUUUUCCCUCAAUGUAUGACCGAUCCACAUCAGCCGUGACCCCUGAUGGACGUAUAUCAGUACGACUGGAUUGGAGCGUGUUCAAAACUGACGGCUUUGUCAUUAAACCGGUCUAUGUCUUGCCAGGAAAGAUGCCUUUCAGAUAUUGA